UGUUGAGCCAGUCUCUUCCCAGCGGCUGGGGACUCAGCCUGUCUGUAUGAGUGUGUGUGCUAACCAGAGGACAGAGCAGAUCUAUUCUGCUUCUUGUCCCCAGUAAGAGUGUAGUGCAGUUAACAUAGGGACAACUUAUUGAAAUGAAAAUGAGCUUAAAAGCAUCAGUAGUGAUUGUGAGUGUGGUGAUAGCAGCAACAGCAGUUUUGGCUCUUGAAAAUGGAUUGGCCAGAACACCACCCAUGGGAUGGCUUGCCUGGGAGCGCUUCCGCUGCAACACUGACUGCAAAAAUGAUCCCGACAACUGUAUCAGUGAAAAAUUAUUCAGGACCAUGGCAGACUUGGUGGUGUCAGAAGGAUAUGCGGAUGUAGGAUAUGAAUACAUCAAUGUGGAUGACUGCUGGUUGGAAAAGGAGAGAAGCUUUUCUGGUCAGCUUGUAGCUGAUAGGCAGAGAUUCCCAAGUGGUAUGCGGGCUCUUGCUGACUAUGUGCACUCUAAAGGACUUAAGUUUGGAAUUUAUGAGGACUUUGGCAACUACACUUGCGCGGGCUACCCCGGAGUUUUGGGCUACUUGCAGCUAGAUGCGCAGACCUUUGCUGAGUGGGAUGUUGAUUAUGUUAAGCUGGAUGGGUGCUAUGCCCACCCGAGUGAAAUGGACAGAGGUUACCCUGAGUUUGGAUACCAUUUGAAUCGCACUGGUCGUCCCAUGAUCUACUCAUGCAGUUGGCCUGUCUAUCAGAUCUAUGCAGGAAUGCAGCCAAACUUCUCUUCUAUUAUUGAGCAUUGUAAUCUUUGGCGCAACUAUGAUGACAUUCAGGAUUCCUGGAAAAGUCUUGAAACAAUCUUUGAUUACUAUGGUGACAAUCAAGAUGUGAUCAUUCCCAAUGCAGGACCUGGUCAUUGGAAUGACCCUGACAUGCUCAUCAUUGGCAACUUUGGUUUGAGCUAUGAGCAAAGUAAGACUCAAAUGGCUCUGUGGGCUAUCCUUGCUGCCCCUCUGCUUAUGUCUGUCGACCUCAGAACAAUUAGGCCAGAGUACAAAGCUAUCCUGCAGAACAAAAAAAUUAUUGCUGUUGACCAGGAUCCUCUGGGAAUCCAAGGCCGACGAAUCUACAAGCACUCCGGCAUUGAGAUUUGGGCUCGCCCCAUCACCCCUACCUUCCAGAACUACUACUCCUAUGGCCUUGCCUUCGUGAACCGUCGUGUGGAUGGCACACCUUCUGACAUUGCUGUCACUCUUCAGGAACUGGGACUUUACAACCCUGGAGGCUAUGCAGUUGAGGACCUGUAUGAAGAUGUGAGCUAUGGAGUCCUGACUCCCCAGACCAAGAUCAAAGUCAAAGUAAACCCAUCUGGCGUGGUCAUCCUUCGUGCUGACGUUCGACCCACAAGAGCUCUCGCCCAGCAGUUCCUAGAGGCGCGCACUCCAUAUGAUCCAUAUCAGCAAGUUUUCCAAGUGCGCCGCAGUAGCUUUCAGAAGAAAUAAAUUAUUUUAAGUUAUGUUUUUUGCCUUAUUGUGGCUGACUUUGAUAUCAUUUUAAAAUUGGAAAAGAAUUGUGUAUGUGAAAUGGACCAAUGUUUCAUGCUUCACCAAGCUGUCUUUAAUUUAAGUGCUUCUGGCUUAGGUCACUUUGUGUGCAUAAUUUGUCUGGCUUCAAGUUUCCCAGUAAAACAUGGCUGUGCCCAUCAUUGAUGUGCAUCAUUUCAACUGAAUUUCACAGACAGCUGGUGAGAAAUUAAGACUGCUUAAAACAAAAAUGAUAUUGAAGCAUCCUUUUUACUGUAGUUUUUCAAACAACGAAGCAAAAGUGCAAUAUUAUUGUUGUUACUUCAUUCUGAUUUAUCUUUCCUAUAAUUAAUAUAUCUGAACCUUCUCAGGUAAGAAGGCCAAAUACAUUUCCUCGACCUUUUUCAGCUCAGAGUUGUAUAUUUAUGACAUAACUGAAUCAUGAAGAGACUGAUGAGGUAUUUAACAGUCAAGCUGAGAGGAAGUUUACCAUACCCUUAAUUAAAAACAUAGUGACUACUCUUUUUUAUUAUUUUUCCUCCAAAAAUUAGUGUUUUAAAACACUUUUUUUUUUACUUUGUGUGUGCUACCUAUGGUUUGGCCAACUGAGUUACACAUUUUGUGCCAUUCUUGUAAACAUGCAGUUUGGUGGUUUCAUAUUAAUCAUCCAAACAGCUGUUCAUCUUGUAGAGACUUGUCCUGCCCUUGUAGAAUGUUGUAUUGUAAAUAUAAAUGUGAAAAGAGACAGUUGCAACAUGCAAUCAAAAUGUGACAAGUCUGUAUUAGAUGUAAAGCAUCAGUUGUUACAGGUCAUGGCAUAGGUCAAGCCUGGUGUAAAAAUGUGAUAAAACAAAUUGAAUUUGUGUUUUGUUCUUAAGAUUAUUUGUUUUAUAUUAAUGUAUGAAUUGUGCACCAGUAUUCAGAGGGAAUUUAUGCAUUUAUGUGUGUAUGAAUGUUUGUAAGUAAUUGUGUUGUAUUUGAGGAUUCACAAACUGGGUGCCACUUGCAAAGCUAGAUUUAACUUUUUUUAUACCAAUACAGUACUUUAUUACAGCUACUAGUUGUUUUAUACAGUUAUUUAUGUUAACUGAUGUUUCUCUUUUCAAAUUAUAUUUCUUCAAAUAUUUUUGUUUGUUUGUUCGUUUACUUGCCUGUGAGGCAAACCUUAUAGACUUCUUUCUGUUUUGUAUGAUUUUUUUUGUUGAAACUGAGAUAACUGGAUUUACUGUAAAUAUUUAAAAAUUGUUGUGUAUAUGAGUGUGCAUCAAAAUGGACUUGAUUCUUAUUUAUAAACUCCAUGUGUAUGUUAGUUUUGUGGUAAAGUGUUAAGACAUAAAAUCCUCUGUGUACAUGCAUAUAUAUCAUUUUUACCUUAUGUGAUCUUUGCAUAGUUGUAUUAACACUAGGCACAAUUUGUCUCUUCAUUCCAUAUAUUCCUAAUUGGAAUGAAUAGUUUUACAUCCUUGCAGUUAGAUUGUACCCACCGUCAUUCAACUUUUGUAGCUGCGAUGCUACAUUACAAACUGGAGCAAAACUGGAGAUGAUCGGAUGAAUGGCUAUGUUGUUACAAAAUAAAAUUUAAAAGAAUCAA